UAUUUUUCUCCCUCUCUCUUUACUUGUUUGUGAUCAUGCUUUGAUGACCUAACCCUCUCUUAUUCUAACUAUAUAUACCUUUUCCUCUUUCAUACAAGCUUCUGUUUUUACAACCAAAAACAAAAUUGUCGGUUUGAAACUUUUGGAGGAACCCCAUUAUUUGAUGAUUACUAGAAAUUUGAAAGAGGGUUCAGCUCAAAAGCAAGAAUUUUCAACAUGAAAAGAGCAAAAUUUGACUUGUUCAUGUCACUGAGCCGGCAAAGAUCGGUCCAAGUUUUGAUUUUUAUAGGCUUUUUAUAUGUAGUUUUGGUGGGUUUUGAAGUUCCUUUUGUUUUCAGAAAUGGUUUCAGUUUAGUUUCUCAAGAUGGUUUUGGUACAGGGCAGUUUUCUAAGUCUUUUGUGCUUGAUAGCGAAGAGGAGUUAGCAGAAAAAAAGGCCCCAAUUCGCCCUCUUUUUGAUGUCCCGCUUCAGGUUCCCCCAAUUCAAUCAUCAAAACCUGAAAGGAAUAUCAGAGAAAUCAAGAAUCCAUUAUCAAGUUUGGUUUUUGAUGGUAGUUUUGUGAAUAUGACUAGUAAAGAUGGGUUUUCUGGGAUAUUGAAGUCAGCAAAAGAGGCAUUUGAAGUAGGUAGAAAGUUGUGGAAAGAGCUUGAAUUGCAUAAAAAAGAAGUGGGGUUUCUAGAAAGUAAUAAUAACAAGACAACAGAGGAAUGUCCACAUUCCAUUUCAAUGUCAGGUUUUGAUUUUCAGGAGAAAGGGAAGAGAAUGAUGGUGUUGCCAUGUGGGCUUACUCUUGGGUCACAUGUAACUGUUGUAGGGAGGCCUAAAAGGGCCCACCAAGAGCAUGAUCCAAAGAUAUCAUUGUUAAAGGAAGGUCAAUUUUUGAUGGUUUCACAGUUUAUGAUGGAGUUACAAGGGCUGAAGACAGUUGAUGGAGAGGACCCACCAAGGAUUCUUCAUUUUAAUCCAAGAUUGAAGGGGGAUUGGAGUGGGAAGCCUGUGAUUGAGCAGAAUACUUGUUAUAGGAUGCAGUGGGGCACAGCUCAAAGGUGUGAAGGGUGGAGGUCCAGGGAUGAUGAGGAGACUGUUGAUGGCCAGGUAAAAUGUGAAAAGUGGACUCGAGAUGAUGAUGCUAAUCAUUCGGAGCAAUCAAAGGCAUCUUGGUGGUUAAACCGGAUAGUAGGGCGAAAGAAGCCGGUCUCUUUUGAUUGGCCAUUCCCAUUUUCAGUGGAUAAGUUAUUUGUACUAACUCUCAGUGCCGGCUUGGAGGGUUAUCACAUAAAUGUUGAUGGGAGGCAUGUGACCUCAUUUCCAUAUCGAACUGGAUUUGCACUCGAAGAUGCCACUGGUUUGUCAUUGAAUGGUGACGUUGAUAUCGAUUCAGUCUUUGCUGCCUCCUUGCCUUCAUCACAUCCUAGUUUUGCUCCUCAAAGGCAUCUUGAUAUGUCAAACAGAUGGAAGGCACCGCCCCUCCUUGAUCAACCUGUGGAUCUGCUCAUUGGUAUUCUCUCUGCAGGCAAUCAUUUUGCUGAGCGAAUGGCUAUAAGGAGGUCUUGGAUGCAGCAUCGGCUAGUCAAAUCUUCAAAUGUUGUGGCUCGAUUCUUCGUUGCACUGCACGGGAGAAAGGAUAUAAAUGUGGAGUUGAAGAAAGAGGCAGAAUUUUUCGGUGACAUUGUCAUUGUUCCUUACAUGGACAAUUAUGAUCUUGUUGUCUUGAAAACAGUUGCCAUCUGUGAAUAUGGGGUUCAUGUAGCAUUUGCAAAAAAUAUCAUGAAAUGCGAUGAUGAUACAUUUGUUAGAGUGGAUGCAGUUAUCAAGGAAGUAAAUAAAAUACCUGAGAAUAGGAGCUUAUAUGUUGGAAAUAUCAAUUACUAUCAUAAGCCCCUGCGUAAUGGUAAAUGGGCGGUGACAUAUGAGGAAUGGCCAGAAGAAGAUUAUCCACCUUAUGCCAAUGGACCGGGUUAUGUUAUUUCAUCAGACAUCGCAAACUUCAUUGUCUCAGAGUUCGAUAGACAUAAGCUGAAGUUGUUCAAGAUGGAGGAUGUGAGCAUGGGAAUGUGGGUCGAGAAAUUUAAUAGCACACGACAUGUGCAAUAUGUGCACAGCUUGAAGUUCUCACAAGCUGGAUGUGUAGACGAUUAUUAUAGCGCUCAUUACCAGUCACCUAGACAGAUGAUUUGCAUGUGGAACAAAUUACAACAGCAAGGCCGGCCUCUAUGCUGCAACAUGAGAUGACACUUAAGGAUUUGAAGAAGAGAAGUGUAUCUGAAAACUGACCAAGAAACAAGGAUAGACAAGUUUUGCACUUAAUAGAACCAUGAUCUGUAUAUUUUCUGGAGGACUCUGCUUUUUGAUAUAAUAGGGAAAUUCAUUUAUUGUUUUCUCUA